AUGGCUCCCACGAAAAAGGGGAAGAAAGUUGUAAACCAAGAGGAACUUCGGCGAUUGAUGCGGGAGAAGCAAAGGCAAACGUCCGAAAAGAAGCGCAUCGAGUCCCCGUUUGCCAAAUAUAACAGCUUGGGACACUUGAGCUGUGCUCUGUGCAACACGCAUGUCAAGUCUGAGCUCCUGUGGGCCGCUCACGUCCUGGGAAAACAGCACAAGGAGAAGGUGAGCGAGCUUAAAGAGGGGAAACAGACUCCGCAAAAUCAAGCGGUGAAGAGAAAAGUGACGGACGGCGAUGAGGACGUCAACGUGAAAAAAGCGAAACAAACGCCCGGUCAGUCGACCGCGGCGGUACCUGGAGAUUUCAUUGAGAAAGCAAAUUCUGUCAAAACGUCUGCUGGUGUUAGUCUACUAUCUGGAGUUUAUGAUGAUGACGACGACGAAGAUGAAGAGAUGCCCACGGCAGAAGAAUCGACCACCGGUACUCCUCAGCCUGCGGAAUCAGCUGGACUACCAGCGGACUUCUUUGACAGCUCCAUCCCAACCGUCCCGGCAGUCUCCCACUCGGGCUCGAUCGCCAAGGCGGAGGUGCAGGAGAAAAGCUCCGAGAAGAAGGACAACAUGGCUGAGGCGCUACCCGAGGGCUUCUUCGAUGACCCGGUACGGGACGCCAAGGUGCGCAACGUGGAUGCUCCUAAGGACCACUUGGAUAAGGAGUGGGAAGAGUUCCAGAAGGAGAUACGGCAGGUAAACACCAAAUCUGAGGCCAUUGUGGCCGAAGACGACGAGGAAGGCCGCCUCGACAGGCAGAUAGACGAGAUCGAUGAGCAAAUCCAGUGUUACAAGAGGGUGGAGAUGCUGAGAGACAAGAGGGACAUGGCAAAGAGAAGGUCUCAGUCUAGGAAGGAAGUUCCUAUGGAGACUGAUGCCAUUAUAGAGGAAGAGGAGAAUGAAGAGGAACUGCUGGGACUUCUGUAUCAGGACUGGAGGGCCAAAGGGGCAUUGGCAUGA